AUGUCUUUUUCUCCCAUUGAGGAUACUGGCUCUACAGACCUUGAAAGGGAGACUCAACGAUAUCGGCCUCAGGUACAAAUUUUGAAUGUUGAAACAGAAGAGGAACGGUUUCCUAGGCCCACUGUAUCUGCUUGGAGGUGUAACUUGGCGGCCCUCUCGCAGCGUCGGAAUAUGCUUUUUACAGCUCAAGUCGACGAUAUUUACGUAUGGAUUCCACGUGGACCUCACCAGCUCCUUGGUUCCCAACCCGAGAUGAUCAUUCACCCAGCCAUGAAGCAACCCAAUGCGCCUGGAUACAUCGAUCGUUCUAGGCCUCAUACGAUCAACCAUAUCCUUGUGGAUGAUUUGGGGGUCGAUGAGGUCUUACUGUUAGCAACAGACUCUGGAAACGUCACUGGCUAUAAUGUCGAGGCUAUUUUCUCAGCAAUCAAUAGGAGCGCCAAAUAUGGAGGCGCUCGACCAUUUGAUGCGCAUGAAGUAAAACCUUUCUUUGCUGAACAUGUUCAGUUAAGUGCCUGGGGCUUGGCCACCCACAAAUUCGCUCGGUUGAUUGCCGUGAGUGCGAACACGGGCGUUAUCACUGUCUUUGCUUUCGCGUUAGUGGAUGCCGUGCCUGAGCGUGACGGUAGCAGUCCCAGUUCCUCUGAGAACUCAAAUAUGGGAGGAUUUGAUGUAUUGGAAAAUACAUGGGUAUCAAUAGACAGUGCAUCGUUGAUGGAGGAGCUAAAAAAGGACAUACCCAAUCAUCGAACACGCAACCUGCGGCUCACCUAUAAUGGUCAUAUUGAGAACAUCCCAUGCGUGUCGUUUGCCAACUUUGAAUUGGACCCCAACGCUCUAUGGAUGGUCAGCACCGAUAUCGUCAACCGAGUUCUUUUAUGGAGAAUUUGGGACCGCCUAACUCCGGUCAAAUCAACUAGUUAUGAUUGUUCAAGGGGUGGUCGAGAGCAAAGGGGCUGGUUUGUCUUGCCUCUACAUCCUCGCAGAGUUCAGCAGCACCACUUCAAAUCUGAUGCCUGUGGAUGCGAACCAAAGCCAAAGAUGAUAAACGGUCGGAUGGUUUUUGAUGUUACAGAAGCGGCUGAUCAUGUCGAAGCCAGAUCCGACCUCGCUUCGCAGAAAGUCGCUGCUGAGGAAUAUGCAACAAUUUCGAACCUUACUCUACCAGACGAUAUUUUCCCCCUUAACGGUCCUGUUCAUACUGAAUCCCAACUGCAACCAUCGAGCUCAGAGCAUGGUCAUACUACUCUAGAAGCCUCCGAGACUGCUUCUCAUCCCACUGCCAGUGGCACCAUUCAUAUCGUCACUGAAGUACCACAGAACUAUGGGGUGGCUUCACCCCGUCGAUCGAUUCGCGUGAGGCGUGGUAUUUCCAAUUUGAUUGAAGAAGAAAAUGAGCAAUGGGGCUUGGAUCGUGCUGUCGACGCGGAUCGUCUAAGAGGCUUUUUUCGUUUCAGAGAUGUUCCUCAUCCGUGCAACCCUCGGUUUUUCCCUAUUCUCCACUUUUCUGGGAAUAACAUCACUUUAGAUCCUUAUCCAUUGGACGAUGAAUUGCGGACGCUCUCUCGGUCUCCACUUGAAUCGCUGUUAGAAAAUUCCAUGUUCACUUCCUGUGAUCGUUUAAACUUGGUCAAAUACAUCCCUGAACUUGGGAUCGUUAUUGCCGCCUCCCAAGCCGGUGGAGUUGCCAUCAUCACUCUUACAUGGCAGGAGGAAAUUGGCCACACCUUUCGCCUAGACUGGCUCCUCCCUUUCCCCACCCAGGAGAGGGACGAUGAAUGUCCAACACCACCUCUUAUGGGCCUUGCUGCAAGCCCCAUGCCUGGAUUUGAGAUACCGCCGGAUGUCCCUUGUAUUCCUCGGGAUGUCAACCCAAAGGAUCGUUUGAGGUUCAACCACCGUCUGCUGAACCCAGAUAAAGAUGAGGCUUGUGCCGCAACCCCACCCGAAUGCGGAGCUUCCAGUCCCUUUGGCGAUGUUACCGCUGGAUCCGAAGACCCGAACCUCACAAUUCCUGAAACACAUGCCUAUGCCUCGGACAUCUACCAACCUCACGAGACCUGGCAUGGCUACCACCCUUCUCGACAUUACAGGUUGCUUUUGCUCUUCUGUGAUCUCACGGUCAUGAGCUAUGAGUUCUGGCACGACUGGAGAGGUUGA